AUGGCAGAAACUAAGGAAAAAUCUAAAAAGCUAUGGACGCAUGUCAAGGAAACAGUUAAUCUGGAUAAAUUAGACAAGAAAUCUGCCGAGUUUGGUGUUCGAGAUCAAAUCAACAGAAAGUUUUCCAAACAGUUAUUCAAAUUCGAUGCAAAAAAACUGGAACUAUUGGAAAAUGGAGAAGAAUUAUCAACUCAUAUGGAUCAAGAAAUUCCUCAAGAAUUAGUGGAUAUGGAAGAAAAGGAACCAAAAAGGAUGUUUAAUUCUUUUUUGGAGCUGAAAGGUUUUGACAUGGUUGAGGACACUCAGUUGAAAUCUUGCAUGUUUUUUGGCUUGGUGCAGUAA